CUGCCUCUCCUCUCCCUCCCUCCUCCUCCUCAUUCCUCGGAGUGGCAGCGCUGGCAUAGCAUCGUUCAGAAUAUCCUGAGCCGGGAACGAGCUGCGGUAGCUGCUGCCUGUGUUGUGCGCACCUCCUUACUCAGAUCCCUCCGGGCCGUCAUAGCCGGUGAAACCAAAAAAAAAACCACCCCAACAGUGGAUAUACAGGAGACAGGAGGUCUGCACUCAUCCCGCGCACAGCGUGAGAAGAUUUGAUUGUUUGGGGAAAAAUAAUAAAUCUGCUGUCCUGUCCACAUCGGCCCUACAGGAGUGGGAAGAGACGGGACCUCUGCGCUGUGAAGAGUCGCUCCUGUGCCGUGCAGCAGUGCGCGGAGAGCAGCCACACACUCAGCAGACGCACUGAGAGGGCAACAGGGCUGUAGGAAGGUGGAGGAUAUUUUACGCACAGCAGCACUCAGUAGCCCCGUUUGACACGCGGCCACUUACACUGGGAGUCUCCUGCUCCGUUUGAGGACUCAACACAGUCGCUUCGCCUCUUGGUCGGAUUUGCACUUGACUAAGUCCACAUACAGCAGCCGGCCGGGAUGGAUUCCUUCAUCAUAGCGGCUCUGGCAGUGUGCUCUCUAACGGCACCAGCCUAUGGGGACAAAGGGACCAGCAAAGCCCGGAGUUGUUCGGAUAUCAGGCAGUUUUAUAGCGGGAAAGGAUUCCCUCUGGAUGGUCUCCCUCAGUCUGAAAUAUCAGGGGAGCACCUGCGCAUCUGUCCCCAGGGUUACACCUGCUGUACCAGCGACAUGGAGGACAGCCUUGCCGUGCUGAGCCGCAGGGAGAUGGAGGUACUACUUAGAGACGCCGGCCGAUCCUUACAGGCCUCACUCACUGGACAGUACAAGGCCUUCGAUGGUUACUUCCUGGAUUUGCUGAACCGCUCUGCAAGUAGUCUACAGGAGAAUUUCAUUCCAAGUUGGGGCGUCUUAUACACCGAGAACUCCCAGGUGUUCUCUGACCUGUACGCGGAUUUGAUGCGCUACUACCGAGGCUCCAAUAUCAACCUGGAAGAGGCGCUCAAUGAAUUCUGGUCCAGGCUGCUGGAGAAGCUCUUCUACCAGGCAAACAAGCAAUAUUUCAUAGGUGAUGACUACCUGGAGUGUGUGUCUAAGCAGUUAGAGACACUGCGGCCCUUCGGAGACACCCCCCGCACGAUGAAGAUGAUGGUCACACGCACAUUUGUAGCAGCACGUUCCUUUGUUCAGGGACUGGUGGUCAGUGGGGAAGUGGUGCGCAGAGUCUCCCAGGUGCAGCUGAGCCAGGAGUGCAUGCGGGCCAUGAUGAGGAUGACUUACUGUCCCCACUGCCGCGGCAUGGCCUCUGCCAGACCUUGCGCCAACUACUGCAGCAAUGUCAUGAAAGGCUGUCUGGCCAACCAGGCUGACCUCAACACCGAGUGGAGGCAUCUGGCAGAGACAAUGAUGCAGGUGGCUGAUCGCUUUGAUGGCCCAUCUGGUGUGGACAGCGUGAUCCUCUCCCUCCCCAAUCGCAUAUCAGAUGCCAUGUUUACCAUGGUGGAGAAUAUAGAGACCAUCAACAGCAAGUUGUUCCAGGCAUGUGGCAACAUCAGAGAGGGAGGAACCAGCAGCACAGGAGUGGAUGUCAACAUGAAGAGAGGGAAGGUUACAGUGGAGGACAGGUUGGGAUCCAGCUCCACCAAAAUGGACAGACUGGUGUCUGAUGUAACCAUAAGACUGAGGGACAUGCAGCCAUACUGGGUUUCCCUCCCAGCUGUUCUCUGCAGUGACAGAGUGGCCACUGGAACAGGGGCAGAGGACAAGUGUUGGAACGGCAUGAGCCGUGCCAGGUACCUUCCUGAGGUGAUGGGUGACGGGCUAGCCAGCCAGAUCAACAACCCCGAGGUGGAAAUCGACAUCACCAAACCAGACAUGACGAUACGCCAGCAGAUAAUGCAGCUGAAGAUCAUGACGCACCGCCUGAGGAACGCUCUCAACGGCCAGGAUGUGGACUUUCAGGACACCAGUGAUGAUGUCAGCGGUUCAGGAAGUGGCGUGUGCGCCGACGACAUGUGUUCCCACGGCCCACGCAUCAUUGUCCCCGUCACCGACCGGCCCAUACUGUACCCCUACCCCCCAGAAAACAAGGAGGUGAAAGGCUCCAACGCCCACCAGAACCUCCCCUGCAUCACCAUGUACCUGCUUACACUGCUCAUUUUGCUGCUCCGGCGAUAAUUGACGGCGGAAUCUACCAACUGGGACUGAGUUUGGGACACGGAGGAUGGGGGAGAGUCUGAAAGGGGAGGGAGGAGAAGUUGGGGGUUAGUUACUUUGCCAAAACUAAAUAAGUAUAAGGAAACAACAACAAAAAAAAAUCACUUGGAUGGACUUCCUUUUUGGUUUUGGAUUAGAACAAAAUGGAAUAUUCAUAAAUGUUUUGGUUCUGCUCUUUUCUUUUAUUUCUUGCUAUAUUAUGACACCAUUAGAGCUGGUCUUUUCGCAUCUUCUAAUGAUUUGUUUCUGGUGUUUGGGUUCUCUGAGAUUAUAUCUGUACCUAAGACGUGUGAGACUAUAUUGCCAACAGUAUGUUGGUGUUGACACCACGGGGAGAGGGAGAAUGGGGCUUUGCAGCGGCGCUCAGAUACAUUUGUUAUUCCACUCCUUUAAAACAGCGCUUGUGUUAAGUAGAAUUAUUUAUUUAUCAGUAAUUCACAGCAGACCCCAGAGUGCUUUAAACACUCCCCGAUAUUUAUAGAAAACAAACCACAAAUGAAAUACAGUAUUGAUGACUUUUAAAGGAGGAUAAUCUGGACAGCGUGACCCACCAGACCUCUUAAUGCAUUAAGCCUCGCAAUAUCAUUACACUUACACGCAGGAUGCGAGCACUCCGCGUCAGCACUUUUCGCCGUUUCGUCAUGUAAGCUGUAAUAACAGCCGUGAUCACAUUCACGCCAACAUGAUCGUCUAAUGUGGGAGUAACGUGACCCGUCCGCCACUCCAUCCAUCCAGCUCAUCCCUACAUUCCCCUCGCCCCCCCUCCUCCUACUGGGGCAGAUCUCCCUCUCUCAACAGACCCUGCUGGCUCUGUAGGAUCAAGUCGAGAGUCUGGUGUAAGCAAAACACAUGCUGGUCCGGGCCAGGUCUCAGAUGACAGCAGCUUCCCACUAUAGAGCACUGUAUGUGGAACGGGUGGGGGGGUGUCGGUGUAAGAUUGCCGCCACAGCAAAGGAUUGACAGUUUGUGAUUUUGUGUAGCAGAACAGAAAUGUACACAGAAGCAGAAACACUGCUGUCAUGUAGCGCUUAUUUUUUUUCCCCAGUAUUCUUUUUUUCAUGUGCACAGCAGAGCAAAAAUAUAAUAUGCAUAAUUUUGUGUGUUCCCUGCAAAGGCCCAGUGCUCCUGUGAUUAGCAUCAUAAUUGCAACUAGCAAUGUCAUGCGUUUUUGUCUGAUUGCAGCAAUGAUCCAUAUCACAGUAACAGCCACACCAUGCACGUCUUUGAAUCGUACUAUUUGUAUGGCAGACACAACAGUGUACAUACUUUUGAUUUCUUCUUUGUUGUUUUCUAGAGAAAAAAAAAAUAGCCAAUUAGGUAUCAAAAUUUUAUAACAGCCACAUCAUUGUAUGCUAUAACUCUCAUUUCAUUUGUCAUCUGUCAUAGCGUAUCCAUAUCUGCCUUCCAUUUCUCUGCAACUUUUCUAUAUCAGUGCCUCUUUUCUCCCCCCCCACCCCUUACUCCCUCUACCCGUCUCCCCUGCUCAUCAGUUAUAAUGACCUUUAAAGUGUUCCUCAUGCUUCUACAUGGUGGCAAGGCAAUAUGACAAUGACUUAGUGCUUCAUUAUGUGUCAACCUUACCGGGAAUGUUGCGGGAACACAGUGUAAGGCUUCCCCCCCCGAUGAGAAGCUUGCCGAGGAGGAAACAAAUACCACGUUUUAAUUCAAAGAAAUGUCAAAGCUCUCAUUUAAGAACGCUGUGUGCAGGAUGAUGGGACGACGCUUGCAUGUGUGUAUAUGUAUGUGCGUGAAUGUGUCUUUGAUUAAUAGAGCAAAAGAGGGACAGACGACGGAGCCUGUAUAAAUCUUGUUUGGAUGGCGUGGAAAUGAAAUGUAUUAAAAUGUACUGGGGUAGCAUUGUCUGACUUAGUACAAUUCAGCUGACAGUGACGGGAGAUUAAUAUAGCUCAUUUGUCAAAAAAUGGGAUUUUCAACCUACUACUGUAAUAACUCCCAAUCUGUAUUAGUGGUAUCUUUGCUUGUCAGUAUUGUAUGUGACAGAUACAUUUCAUUUGGAGGAUGGAAAAUGGACACAUUUUAAAAUACAUCAUCGCUUCAGUUGCACACUGGGACAAUCCACCAUGAUUCAUUUUAUGAAAAAAAAAAAAAAAAAGCACCUAAAAGGUGAUAAUACAGCAGAUCAAAUUAAGUUGUCAAAAACUGAGAAGCACAUCUGUUACAUACUUACUGCUCUGAACAUGGGUGAGGCUGUUGUCAAAAGUGUUAGCUGACAUGUUACUUUGAUCAUUUCUUUUUUUUUUUUCCCCCGACGCGCUUAAAUAAUGAAUGCUAUGUCUGCUGUGUGUAUGUGUGUCUCUGUCUUUCUGUUAGUCCCUGGUUAACUGCCUGUGACUGCCUUUGACACUUUGUUUAGGGUUGGGGUCCAUUUUAAAAUUAAAAAAAGAGAGAUAUAAUGAUAUUAGAUGGUCCAGUGAGACAAAAAAUAUAUACAUUUUAAACAAAGAACAAUUAGUAAGAGCACCACACGGGUCUUCUUUAUGUGACCCUGUAGUAAAGUCUGAAUAUGAAUGUGAAACGUCCACAUUAAGCCCUGUAAAGAAUGAGAAACGACUCCAACUGUGAUGGUGACAUUCCAAUUCAAAGACGACUUGCGACUCACAACUUCAGUUUCAAUGACUGCCUCACAAUGUCAUCGGCUGAAAUUUGCACAACACCCCCUUCUCCUCCUCCACCUUUUGAUCUCAUUAAUUUGUUGCUCAAAGUCCCCCCUCCCUUUUAUAAAAACCUGCACUUUUAUGAGGCCAAUAAAUGGCAUUGUCUGCACAAAGACAUCACAAGAUGGUCGAUCAAUACGCGAGUCAACACCUUCCAGAAACGACUAUUGAUUGGGGAUGUGUGAAUGCAGAUAGAUAUGGCCCAGCAAGACGUCUCCUGUUCAACUGUGGUGAAAACAGUGUAAAAACAAAGCCCCCGUGUGUGAGAGGAGGCGGAAGAAAGGUUUGUGCACCUUAAUCCUGCCCUCGUUCGUCAGGUGGCCGACAUGCAAAGCUGGUUAUCCAGCCAUUUAAAGACGGCUUUGUUCUACACUGAAUUGAACACGGGAGGAAUUUCUUAAAGGUGCCAAUUUAUGAGGAGAAAAAAAGUACUUUUAAUUCUCUUGUUUUUAUGUACUUUGGUUUUGUUGUUAUCAGAAAUCUAUGGAGAGUUUGUGCUUAUGGUGAAGAUAGAUGCCAGAAAGAGGUUGAAAAAUACAAAUGUCUCAUUUGCUGUUGUACCUGAAAUCUUGUGUCAAUUAUAUACAUUGUAAGAUUUUCAA